AUGAACAUAAAAAAAAGAUCUCCAUCUAUUCAAAAUUAUUCCAAAUAUGUUAUAUCUGGAUCUGAUCAAACAAGACCUGCUGAUUUUAUAAAAGAGUUGAGAAAUGGCCAUUUUAAAGAAGCAUAUUUUGUAAAUUUUCUAAUUGAACAUUGGAUUCAAUUACCUGUUUUCAUUGGAAAUAAAAUUAUAAAUUUAAGCCAUAAAAACUGUAACUAUACAUUCAUAGUACAUAAUGGCAACGUCUUAAGAAGCACAAAUGAAUUAUUAUCAUAUAACCACGAACUGCAGUGUUGGGCAAAUCGUAAUCUGAUUAAUGAUUAA